GGGGGUCUCGGCGGCACGGCUCACCCGCGGGCUGUGGGGAGCGGAGAGCAGCAGAAGAGCCCCCAAAGCACGACCCAACCCCGUCCACCGUGUAUGAGGCUGGGACGCAGUACGCAGGACCCGCGUCCGCAGAGACACCCCUUCCGAUGUCCCGGCAUGAGACUUCUCCGACAACGGUGCAACCCGCCAGCAACCACCGCCCCAAUGCCUGCUGCUUCUGCUGGGGCUGCUCUUUUUUGCCUUCCUCACGGGGACCCGGCAGCACCAAACCCACCCCGGAGGAGGUGCGGGGUUGGGCACAGUCCUUCGACAAGCUGAUGAAGAGCCCGGCGGGUCGCAACGUCUUCCGGGAGUUCUUGCGGACUGAGUACAGCGAGGAGAACAUGCUCUUCUGGCUGGCGUGCGAGGAGCUCAAAAACGAGUGCAACAAGCACACCAUCGACGAGAAGGCCAGGAUGAUCUACGAGGACUACAUCUCCAUCCUCUCGCCCAAGGAGGUGAGCCUGGACUCGCGGGUGCGGGAGGUCAUCAAUCGGAAGAUGCAGGAGCCGUCCUCGCACACCUUCGACGACGCGCAGCUCCAGAUCUACACGCUCAUGCACAGAGACUCCUACCCUCGCUUCCUGACCUCUGCCAUAUACAAAUCGCUGCUCCAGAGCGUCUCCCGCUCCUCUUCGGAGUCCUAA